GAGUUGUGAGGAAAUGCAGUGUGUUGCUGCUUGCCUUUUGCAGGUGGAUGUGGAGAAACUGGACACGGUGCGCCUGAUCGAGUUGGAUGAAUCCCAGCGGAGCGAGCACACUGUUUUCAUCAUGCCUCCUGAGGUCCCCCAGACUGCAGACGGCAAGGAGCCCCCUCGCUUGUACAGCUAUGAUGGGUUCCCACUGCUGAAAGCUGAGCUCUUCGAUAAGCCACAGGAUCUGCUGAAAACCUCUCAGUUCCUGAACCAGCCAAGGAACAGUGCUCCGAGCAGCCCAGCACCUCGGAGGACCAAACAG